GUCAUUACUACGUGUCAUCAGAUGAAGAAGGACCCCAGAACGCUCUAAAAACAGAACGCGGGCUAAUGUGAACUUCAAUAGUUCAUUUAUAACUAAAGUUUCUGUUUAAAUAAAAGUUCAACAGGGAAAUUUCGACACAAAUGUGGAAUUGACGCUCUAUCGAUGCAGUCUCAAAACAGAAGAGUGAAGUUUUUCCUCUGAGCUGGUAAAAACUAGCUGGCUAACAUAGCAAGCUAACAGCUAAAGCUGCUACAGCUGCGCAGUUUCGUUUCACAGAAAAGUCAGAAAACUCCCAUACUGACUCUGACCAGACAAGUCUGUUUACUUCACCCGUGUUUUACCAGUAAACCAUAUUUUGGAAGGUGGCAUGGGCCGACUUUACCAAACUUUGAUAGCUGACCGCUGCUAGCUACAACAAAACCAAGAGCCAUAAUGAAGAGAAGAGCUGAAGCAACAUCAGCACCACUGCAGGGGACAAAGAGGCGUCGUGAUGACAGCAGCUCAGAUGAAGAGUCACAAUUAUCCAGACAAGACUCUAGCCAAAAUGACUCCCUCAGUGACCAGGAGGAUCACAGACCAGGGUUCUCCAUGCCCUCCAUAUCAUCCUUUGAUUCCCAAGAUGCAGAUGCCCCAACAGAGGCCUCCUCCAAGUUCUCUAUGUACAAUAGUGUGUCACAGAAGCUCAUGGCCAAAAUGGGUUUCCGUGAGGGCGAGGGUCUGGGCAAGUUUGGCCAGGGACGCAAGGAGAUCGUGGAGGCCUCUACGCAGCGAGGUAGAAGGGGUCUCGGCCUCACACUGCAGGGCUUCCAGGGGGAGCUCAAUGUCGACUGGCGUGAUGAACCAGAGCCCAGUGCUGUGGAGAAGGUAGACUGGUUCCCAGAAUGCACCACAGAGAACCCAGAUGCAGAUGAGCUGAGGGACUGGAUGACUCUGGGACCGAGAAAACUUAAGAUUGACGAUGAGACAGAGUUUUGCACUGAAGAUCUCCUGCACACUCUUCUAAGGUGCAAGUCAGUGUUUGAUGACCUGGAGGGUGAGGAGAUGAGGAGAGCUCGGACACGCUCAAACCCUUAUGAGACGAUCAGAGGGGGUAUCUUCCUCAACAGAGCAGCUAUGAAAAUGGCCAAUAUCGACCACUGCUUCGACCAUAUGUUCACCAACCCAAAGGAUUCACAAGGGAAACCUCUGACAAAGGACCGUGAGGGAGAGCUUCUGUACUUCGGUGAUGUCUGCGCGGGGCCUGGAGGCUUUUCAGAGUAUGUACUGUGGAAGAGACGCUGGCACGCCAAGGGCUUUGGCAUGACACUGAAAGGACCCUGUGACUUCAAACUGGAAGAUUUCUUUGCAGCGCCCAGUGAGCUGUUUGAGCCUUACUAUGGUGAGGGAGGGGUGGAUGGAGAUGGUGACAUCACUCGGCCAGAAAACGUGACUGCCUUUCGAAACUUUGUCCUGGAGAAUACGGAGAGAAGAGGGCUGCACUUCCUCAUGGCAGAUGGGGGUUUCUCUGUGGAAGGCCAGGAAAACAUCCAGGAGAUCCUGAGCAAACAGCUGCUGCUCUGUCAGUUCCUCACUGCCCUCUCUACACUCAGGACAGGUGGCCACUUUGUCUGUAAGACUUUUGACCUCUUCACUCCCUUCAGCGUGGGCUUGGUCUACCUGCUCUACCUCUGCUUCGACCGGAUCUCUCUCUUCAAACCUGUCACCAGCAGGCCUGCCAACUCUGAGAGGUAUAUAGUGUGCCGUGGUUUGAAGCCCGGUUCAGACGCUGUCAGGGAGUACAUGUUCAGAAUCAACCUGAAACUGAACCAGCUGAGGAACACAGAUACAGAUGUUACAGAUGUGGUUCCCCUGAGCCUCAUCAAAGAAGACACUGAUUUCUAUCAGUUUAUGGUCAACUCCAAUGAGAGCCUCUGCGUAGUCCAGAUCAAGGCCUUGGCAAAGAUCCAUGCUUUUGUUGUAGACCCGACCCUUUCAGAGCCGAUGCAAGCAGACAUCAGGAAGGAGUGUUUGAAGCUGUGGGGUGUCCCAGAUAAGGCCAGGGUUACUCCUGCUUCCUCAGACCCAAAGUCAAAAUUCUAUGAACUGAUCAAGAAUUCAGAUGUGGAGUCCUUCCAGUGCAAGCUCACGCCUCUCAACUCCAGCACACUUGACAAGUUGCGCCAUAUCCUGGACCACAGGUGCAUUGUGGGAGGUGGAGAGCAGAUCUUUCUUCUAGCACUAGGGAAGUCUCAGAAAUACACAUGGGAUGGGAAGAUGCCUGUGCGCUGGAGGAAACUGGAGAAUUUCAAGUUAGAGCUGCCAAGAGAUACUCUUCUAAGUGUGGAGAUCGUCCAAGAGCUGAAGGGCGAGGGAAAAGCUCAGCGUAGAAUCAACGCAGUUCAUGUAAUGGAUGCACUAAUAAUCAACGGCACUGACGUAAGAGAUCAGCACUUCAACCAAAGGAUCCAGAUGGCUGAGAAGUUUGUGAAGGCAGUGGCCAAACCAAGUAGACCAGACAUGAACCCUAUCAGAGUGAAGGAGGUGUACAGGUUGGAGGAAAUGGAGAAAAUCUUUGUCAGACUAGAGAUGAAGGUAACUAAGAGUUCAGGAGGGGUCCCUCGUCUGUCCUACACCGGCAGAGAUGACCGACACUUCCUGCCCACAGGCCUCUACAUCAUUAAGACUGUCAAUGAGCCAUGGACGAUGGCAUACAGUAAGAACUCCAAGAUGAAGUUCUUCUUUAAUAAGAUAACCAAGGAGUCCACCUAUGAAAUGCCACCAAACUCUGCUGCUCCCUUCCACAUCUGCCACUCUGAGCGUCUCUUCUGGGCCUGGGUGGACGGGGUCAUAGUUCACGAUUCUCAGACACGUGUGGAUCCUGAGAAACUGUCCAAAGAUGAUGUUUUGUCCUUCAUCCACCAGAACUACCAGCCCUGAAACAGUCACAGAGUCCAGAGCCUAACCAGCUACAACCUGCAUACAAAAUGCACUAAAUUAUGGAGGACACAGAGCCUCAGGAGAUGUUAUGAUGCAGUUUAUCAGUUAAUAUUUAUUUUGACAAUGAAAGAGGGAUUACCAAAAAUACUUAACAGCCAAUUGAAAUGAUGCAUCCCUGUUUUAUUCUCAUAUUAAUAUCAAUUAUUAAACUGCUGUUUGACUUUUUUUCAAGGUCCUCUAAUUCCUCCGAAUGAAUGAAAAUUGGUGAAUGAAUGAAAUUAUAACCAGGUUGUAACUGGAGUUCUGGAGCUGAAAAUGAUAAAUUGUUUGCUGCUAUUUCUAGCAGUGACACCUGGUAAAAAGUGGACAUUUGACAAACCACCCUGUCUUUCUGCCUUUUCCACUGCCCUUGGCUCUAUGAAUUGUAAUGAAUAAGAUUCACCUCAUUGGACAAUAUGAAGACAAAAAUCUGCUGCCAUUGUCUCUACAUUGAAUUGCAUGUCCCUGUAGAUCCAGUUUUUAUGGUUCCUAGUUCAAUGCCAUGCUUGUGUGUGUGUUUGCGUCCAUCACUUUAACAAUGAUAGAGGGUUACAAAUGUUAAACUAUGCAUCCAUAUCUGUAAACACAGUCUUGCUUGCCUUGCUCUACAACUGCUUGAAACACAACUGCUCCUCUUAUCGUCUCUGUAGAGAUGAUCAUCUGUUUGCUCAGAGCAAAUCUGUAGCUGAAGCUAAAAUACAACCGACACAUUGAUUAUGUUUUAAAUUAUCCUCAGCAUCAACAUUUCAACAUUGAUAUCAGAUGUAGCAGUCUACUCCCAUUCUUACUUCUACAUCUGUCAUGGAGUGGAGUGUGUGUUAAAAAUCUGAAAGGUGUCCUGUUAGUUUUUAGGUUGUUUCUUCCCUGACACCUCUGUGACUGUGCCUACUAUUGCCUGGACUGUCUGUUUCUUAAAAUGCUGCAAAUGAGUUAUUUUUCUCUUGUAAAGUUAGCUACCAAUCCUUUGAUGUAAAUAAUAAUAUAGUAAAUAAAUGGGAGAUGGUCAUCCCAGAACAUA